AAAGUUUAAGACGGUCUCCAGUUGCUCAUAUGGCUCGAGAAUGUGCAUCUUCAGCAGCACUCAUCCUCUGUUUAAAAGAAAAUCUACAUGCAGUUUGGAGAGACUGAAGCAGAGAUGGGCGGUAUUAAAGUCUUACCCCUGAGACAGAGACUCUUAUUUUCACAUUACAUGAGAGCAUCAGAAUGAAAACAUAUUGCUCAUUAGUAACUCACGCAAUGUUCUAGUCAUUCAUUACCUAAUGACUCAAGCGGCUAACCAACGUAUCAGCAAUGGAGAACAUUUUUCGCCAAAAUGAACCAACAAAAUGAAGAUGAAGUCACACUGUCCUGGGGAAUCGGUUCUUUGGAUGCGUAUGAAGAGUCACCGGUGUUUUCAAACUCUUCCGAGUUAAAUGGCACAGGACUCGAGCCUCUACUCCUGUCCCGUGCCGUCCCGCUCGGCUUGGCAUUGGGGACAUUCAUCAUCUUCGCGGUGGCUGGAAACAUCCUAGUGAUACUGUCAGUUGUGUGCAAUAGGCACCUGCGAACUCCAACUAAUUAUUUCAUCGUAAAUCUUGCUAUUGCCGACCUGCUCCUGAGCACAACCGUGUUACCCUUAUCAGCCACCUUGGAACUAUUGGGUUAUUGGGUGUUCGGGAGGAUUUUCUGUGAUGUUUGGGCCGCUGUGGACGUGUUAUGUUGCACAGCAUCCAUCAUGAGUCUGUGCGUAAUAUCCAUUGACCGUUACAUCGGAGUGAGCCAUCCGUUGCAAUACCCCAACAUCGUGACGGGACCCAGAGCUUUGCUGGCCAUGCUGGGUGUUUGGGUCCUGUCUUUGGUCAUCUCUAUCGGACCCCUGCUAGGAUGGAAGGAGCCUCCGUCACCGGACCACACGGUGUGCGCAAUAACAGAGGAACCUUUUUACGCGCUCUUCUCAUCGCUCGGCUCAUUUUAUAUCCCCUUAAUUGUUAUUCUAGUCAUGUACUGCCGUGUUUACGUAGUGGCUAAACGGACAACGAAGAAUCUAGAAGCUGGUGUGAAGACGGAAACGAUGAAUUCGGGUGAAAUAACACUGAGGAUUCACAGGGGUUCGCAGGUGCACGAGGACACCAGCACUGCAGCCAGAGGUCGCGCUCAUCAGGCGAGGAAUUCUCUCACGGUCAAAUUCCUGAAGUUUUCCAGGGAAAAGAAAGCGGCUAAGACCUUGGGGGUGGUGGUUGGAAUGUUUACGCUGUGCUGGUUGCCAUUCUUCCUCACUUUACCACUUGUCGCAUUCAACGCCAGCCUGAGGCCCCCUGAAACUGUCUUCAAAAUCAUCUUCUGGCUUGGUUACUUCAACAGCUGCCUGAAUCCCAUCAUCUAUCCCUGCUACAGCCGGGAGUUCAAGCUAGCUUUCAUCCGCAUCCUGAAAUGCAGAUGUCACCGCAGGAGACGGCCAGGUUGGAGAGCGUACAACUACCAGGGCUCGCACAUCAACUCCUUCUACUCACGGCAGGAUUCAAAGGACUCUGUGAACUACGGUAGUUACCUAAAUGGGAGCCAGAGAACCCUGUCCUCUGCCAGCCCCAGCCCAAGUUAUCAUACCAAAGGCCUAUCACAUUUCCAGGAGGAUGGACCCAGACAUGCCCGGAGCAGGACACCAUCUGUGUUUUCUGAAAGUACUUUGGAUCAUCAUCUUGAGCGUGUGGAGGAAGAUCCAACCCAGUCUGUAGGCCAACCAGAUCAAGCUGGUAUCAGAAACUGGCAUCAAGAUCAAUUGAAACAGUAAAGGAUGUCGAACUUUAAGUGGCACAAAUAGUUUUAUUCACCCAAAGUAUUUCUCUGGUUAUGAGUAAAUACAUUUAGCUCUGAAAUACAAGCCCAUUUCCAGAAAAGUUUGGGCGUUUUAUUGGGAUUCUCUUUAACUUUAUAUACCAGACUAAAGUACAACAAACAAACAAAAAAAUAUCCAAUGUUACAAAAAGCUUUUAUGGAAAUUAGGUUGUACAACCUGGCAUUAAUGUGAAUCACAGUGUGAAUAUUCUGGUAUUCUUUAACAGACACAGCAUUAAAGAAAUUUUGCUUAAUUAUU